UGCAAGCACAUCAUAAGCCCCACUGAGCGAGAGUUGCAGAUUGAUUCACACUGAGGCUUCAGUUAAUCUCCUGCUGUCACCGACACCUCACCUCAUGCUUCAUUUCCUCUUUCUGGACGUUUCUCAAAGAAACUUGCAGCAGCAACCUCGCAAUUUUUAAACAAGUCUGUCCUGCUGCCUACUGGACUGUGAGGAUGCAGGGACAAUGCUCCAUAACUCUAUUGGCUGUGGUCAUUCUGCUGUUUGGGAUCUCAGAAGGGGAACAUGAUGUCGUGACAGUGAAUGAGAACUCAGUGACUUUAACCUGCCCAUUGGAUGAACCUGCUUCCUGGUUUGAAGGGACUGGCACAAGUGAAUUGGGAAAGGAAAAAACUCUCACUUUAUCAGCCAACAAUGGCAUUUCAAAAGGCCAUUUCCGUUGUGAAGCUAACAACAAAAAACGUUACUUUUAUGUCAAUGUGAGAGUUUGUGGAGACUGUAUUGACCUCGGCAUGGGCACAGUGAUUGGAAUCAUUUGUGGAGAUCUGUUGUUUACCCUCUUGGUGGUCACGGGUGUUUAUUGUUUUGCCAAGAAGCGAGGAGGACACUCGAAAGAAUUCCGCCACCCGCAGUUUGAACCUAUGGAGACUCCGGGAGGUCGAAGCACCAACACGCCAGCUUCCCAUGAACAAUCCCAUUACGCGCCAAUCAAAAGUGGACAGCGAGAUGUUUACGACAAGUUGCAGCGAUAAAUCAGAGUGAGAAAUGGAUCUCCUACACCUCCUUGAUCUCCUGGAUUUCUCUCACUGUCCUUCCCACAAGUAACCCAACAAUAUAAACAUACGCCUGUCCUAAACACCUUGAUUCUCCCUCCUGAAGUGAGUGCUAUGUACUUCACCAGGGCUGUAGUAAAUCAUUCGACCGUGGGAGGCAUCAGUGAUGCUGGUACAUUUGCACUAAGAAUGAGAGACAUUGGUGAGAAACUCGCAUGCUACUAGAUUUCUCAAUUAAAUUUCCUCUUACUCUCUCUUCUCCAGGGAGAACAAUCCCAGCUUCUCCAGUGUCUACACAUUCCCUGAUGUCCCUCCUCAUCCUGAAACCAUCUUUAUAAAUGGAAACAGACCCUUCAGUCCAACUCUUCAGACCAACCAGAUAUCCCAAUCUGACCAAGUCCCAUUU